AGGCAAAGGAGUUUCUAUCGGCGUUUAUCCACCUCUAAAUAAAAACCUUAAACUAGAUUAUAAAAAAAACGUCAAUUUAGUGCAAUUUAUUGCAGUAAAAACCCAAAAAUUAGGUAGCCAUAAGACUGUAAUAGACCGACUUCAGCUCGUCUGAAUCAUCGAAAAAGAACAGCACAGCGUGACAAAGGAAAACAAAUCGCAACCAAAAUGUCUGAGAUGCAAAUGGACUGUGCUUUGGAUCUGAUGCGUCGCCUGCCGCCCCAGCAGAUCGAGAAGAACCUCAUCGAUCUGAUCGACCUGGCGCCGGACCUGUGCGAGGACCUUCUGUCGUCGGUGGACCAGCCCCUGAAGAUUGCCAAAGACAAGGAGCAUGGCAAGGACUACCUGCUGUGCGACUACAAUCGCGACGGGGACUCCUACCGUUCGCCGUGGUCCAACACCUACUACCCGCCGCUGGAGGACGGCCAGAUGCCCUCGGAGCGGCUGCGCAAGCUUGAAAUCGAGGCCAACUACGCCUUUGACCAGUACCGCGAGAUGUACUACGAGGGCGGAGUGUCGUCGGUGUAUUUGUGGGAUCUCGACCACGGUUUUGCUGCUGUGAUACUCAUCAAGAAGGCUGGUGAUGGCAGCAAAAUGAUCCGUGGCUGCUGGGACUCCAUUCACGUGGUGGAGGUUCAGGAGAAGACCACCGGUCGGACGGCCCACUACAAACUCACCUCCACGGCGAUGCUGUGGCUCCAGACCAACAAGCAGGGCUCCGGUACAAUGAACCUGGGCGGUUCCCUCACCCGCCAGACGGAACAGGAUGCCAAUGUUAGUGAGUCGUCGCCGCACAUUGCCAACAUUGGAAAAAUGGUUGAGGAGAUGGAGAACAAGAUACGCAACACCCUCAACGAGAUCUACUUUGGCAAGACGAAGGACAUUGUGAACGGGCUGCGCAGCACACAGUCGCUGGCCGAUCAGCGCCAGCAAGCGGCCAUGAAGCAGGACCUGGCGGCCGCCAUCCGGAAUCGCAACGUCAAGCCCGAUUCGAACUGAGAGCCCGAGAACCGAGCACUGAGCGGCUGAAGGCGGCAGGCUGCAGGCUGCAUCUGCACCCCCGCCCUCAUACAAUUCAAUUUCAAGAUAAACCAACCAUAGCCCUAAUCUAGCAAUGCAAGGUCUCUCAACCUCACCGCAUGAUCUCGGAUGUAAUAAGAUGUGAAUUAUAUAGCUGCCACCAAAGAAAUAUUACCUUAAUGGUAAAAAUUUUGGUAAUAUUUCAGUUCAGCUACAAUUCCCCACUAUUCACACCCGAUGAUCAGUAGGUCGGUGAGCUUGGAGACUCUGCAUCAGAUGCGGUGGGUAUUCGAUAGCAGACUAAAAUUAUGGAAAAUAUGCAUUUGUAGGCAGUAAAUUUGUUAAAAAAAAAAGAGAGAAUUGUUACACGAAAAUGAUUAAUUGUAAAAUUGCGACUGUCUCUCCUUUGUCGACCACCCCCGCCCAUAUUGUUGCAACUUCGAGACGUCCUACGCCCCAGAAACCAAUAUAAACAGUUCAGCAGGAACGCCAACUUCGCCGCCCUCAAGACAGUAUCUAUAAGUAUUUGUAUCUUAUUUGUAAAAUGCAUAUUUGUACCGAUAUCGGCUGCAAAUGAGUUCUCAGUUCAGUUCUCAGUACUAUCAUUUGUGGAUCCGUUUUUUAUAAUUCUUCCGCGAAUAAAUAUUGUGUUUAUUAAUUAAU